UUCGAUCAACCUGUAAAGUGUCAAACCAUAACUAUCCAGGAUUUAUUAUUUUUCUUAGUCUUACCAAAACAGGUUAGGCAAUUAGGUUCUUCAAUUUCUCAAUCGACAUACUAAUUAUAAUAUCUAUGUCCUUUCCCUUCUGGGUGGUUGAGAAAAGAUAAGAUCUUGAUUAGGAUAUAUACAAAUAAAUUUUUACCCUUCUGGGUGGGUUUUUGUGGUAAGAGAAUAAAGAGACCAGAGUACCACUCUAACACACCAUGUAAAGAUCCACUCGAGGUUUCUCUCGCCUGAAACUUUAUUUCUAGGGUUUCCUUUGCUUUUCCACUGUACUACUCUUCAUAUCUCUAAUUUGUGUUUAGUUUCCUUUCCAGUUCCUAUGUUGCCAUUGGCUGUUUAAAAUCUUCGAUAUAUUCGUUUUUUGUUUCUUCUAAAUCUACAAUAUAUAGUUGCUGUGCAAUAGUUCUGUAAACUAUCUCUUGGCCUUGGAUUUCUGCUGGGAGCAAGCGCUGGAUUUGCUGGAGUUUUGUCUUGUAGUUGGACAUGGCGAAAGUGAGAGGAAAGAUUCAAAUGAAGAGGAUCGAAAAUGUCAAAAGCCGACAAGUGACUUUCUCCAAGCGUAGAAACGGGCUUCUGAAGAAAGCUUAUGAGCUAUCUGUUCUAUGCGAUGCAGAAGUUGCUGUGAUGAUUUUUUCACAGGAAGGAAGGCUAUCUGAGUUCGCAAGUAAAGACAUGCAAAAGACAGUAGAACGGUACCGUAAAAGUGCAAAAGAAAUGCAAGUUGACAGUGUUGAUAGAGAGCAAAUUCAGGUUAUGCAAGUUGACAGCGUUGAUAGAGAGCAAAUUCAGGUUAUGCAAGUUGACAGUGUUGAUAGAGAGCAAAUUCAGCAACUAAUGUGCGAAUCAGCAGAGAUGGUGAAGCAGAUUGAACGACUUGAAAUUUUGCAACGGAAGCUUUUGGGACGAUGUUCAGGUUCAUGUUGUCUUGAAGAAGUCCAAGAUAUAGAAGAACAGCUAGAGAAAAGCUUAAACAUUAUCAGGGCAAGAAGGGAUGAAUUGUUCAAGGAGAACCUAGAGCAACUCAAGGCGAAGGAAAAGCUCCUGUUAGAAGAGAACGCAAGUUUACGUGAAAAGUGUGGUGAGAAGAAAUGGCCAAAUCCAAUUGAACAGAAACAAGCUGUGAAGGACUUGAACUUAAGCGAUAAGAAUUCAGAGGUGGAUACUGAAUUGUUCAUUGGACUUCCAGAAAUGCACUGUUCGUAGCUGUUUUAACCCUACCUAUUAGUAUUUACUAUUCUUCAAUGUUCAAUAAUCAUUUGCAUCUCAUUGUGGGUUUUCCUCAAUGGACUUCAUAGCAGUUUUAUCUUUGUAAGUCUGUUUUAAGUUGCAGCAUUGUAAUAUUAUCAUUGGACUGAACUAUCUUUGAAUAAAAUAAAAUAAAAAAAUCAAUAAUCUCAUUGAUUAUUCA